CAAAGAUACACUUGAUUGGGGCACUUGAACAGCCUCUUCCGCUGCUACGAAUGUGGACUCGCGUGAGGUUAUUACUGGCUUCUCUUAUUUUUAUGUUUUGUUCGUUCGUCUCUGCAGUCACGGGUCAACAACCACGAUGUAUAUACAACGGCGCCCAGAGAUUGGAUGAUGGAUGGCUCGUUAAUGACACCUCUCUCCACUCCUCCGGAGCCUUCUCCCGCAGUGUUCAGGUGUUUUGCGAGAUGGAUCGCCGUGGCCAGGUGCGGCAGAGAGGGGCCUAGAAAAAUAAAUGUUGGGAUCUCUGGGCGCAAUCUUAAACCGUCCGCCCAGCCGAACAAGGAAGAGCAUGGAUGGACACCGCUCGCUAAGCUCAUUGUGCCCGUUGGAUGGGUCCGUCAGCGUGGACAUGGUUCUGGGGGUAGCAGGGGGCUGCCGACGAAGAAUCUUUUUUUUUUCUCUUAAAAU